AUGUUCAAAAUACCAGAAUGGGAAGAUGCUGCACCAUCGCUAGCUAUAAGUUUCCACAAAGACAACCCUAAAACUAAAAAAGUACGUAAACAACAGAAUGAUACGACAAGUAGCCGUAUAAAGGAUAUCAAUGGCAACUCAAGUUCACAUCAAAACAAGGUUUCAAAACCACAAAAUAAAAAAGAAGCAAACAAGGAAAUUCCACUAGCAACUACUAAGAAAUUAACGAACACCAUUAGGAAAAACAAAUUACAAUCCAUUAGCAUAUUACAAAAUGAUAAGACAAAAACUCUAAAAAAAAAGAAAGCAAAAGAAAUUACCAGCAGCCAACAUUUACUAGACAAUGUUAAACAAACACAAGAUAAUAAUUUUGACGCAGGCAAAGAUCUCCACGAUAGCUUAGAUUCAGACUUAAACACAGAUAAACUUGAUGAAGUUAUUAUUGACUCUAAGAAAAGAAAACUCAAUACAUUCAAAAAUAAAGAAGAGAAAGAUGUUGAGGAGAUGUUUGCACAAAACAGCAAAACUGAUACAAAGAAGAAGCAAAUUUUAAAGAAUAUGCUGAUGAAGGAAAGUAAUAGGAAUUUGAUAAAAGCUAAUAGCAACAGCUUAAGAGAAAGAAUGUUACAGCGCCUUAAGGCUGCACAAUUCAGAUAUAUAAAUGAGAAGCUGUAUACCUCAUCGGGGUCAGAGGCCAAAAACCUUUUCAAUGCUGACCCAGCUGCUUUUCGGACAUACCACCAGGGAUACCAACAGCAAGUUAAGAAAUGGCCAGUUAAUCCUCUUGAUGUAAUUGUGAAGAGGAUAAUGAAGAUGCCAAAAACCCACCUUAUAGCAGACAUGGGCUGUGGAGAGGCAGUACUCUCUCAACGAGUGCAAAACAAGGUCCGAUCAUUUGACCUGGUCGCCUUUAACUCAAAUGUGGAAACCUGUGAUAUAGCCCAUACUCCUUUGUUGGCAAACUCCAUGGAUGUCGCAGUCUACUGUUUAGCUUUAAUGGGAUCGGAUCUUACUCAAUAUCUUGUUGAAGCAAACAGGGUUUUGAAAAAUGGGGGCCACCUACUAAUAGCUGAGGUGGAGAGCCGCUUUGACAAUGUAAACACUUUUGUAAGUGAAGUGCAGAAGAUCGGUUUCUCUCUCAAAAAACUUGAUGACAGUAACAAGGUAUUCUACUUUAUGGAGUUUACGAAGGUUCGUGAACCACCCAAGAAAUCCAAACUCCCGCAUUUGACCCUAAAACCUUGUUUAUAUAAAAGACGAUAA